AUGCAAAUCACCUUCCUCCGCGGGCUUUUGUCCCUUGGGGCAGCACUCUGUUUGCUGCUUGGCGAAUUCUCCCCAGCAGCAGCAGCAGCAGCAGCAGCAGCAGACGCAGCAGCACGAGGUGACGAAGCCGCCGCCUCGCCACCAGCUGCUGCAGCGGGCAGAGCCCCUGCAGCAGCAGCAGCAGGAAGGCGACCAGCAGCAGCAGCAGCAGCAGCUCCCGGGGGCUCGAGGGUCACCUGGAGCGGCGCCGGAGGCCUUCCCCCUUUUGCUGCUGCAGCACAGAGGCCGCAGCAGCACUUUGCUGCUGCAGCAGAAAGGCCUCUUUUCCCCAGCUCUUCAACAACAACAACCCCACCCCGCAGCAGCAGCGGGGUUUUGGGCGACGAGGGGGAGGAGCAGCAGGACAUCCUGCACUUGCGGCCUGAGCAGCUGCAGCUGCUGCGCGAGCACCUGCAGCAGCAGCGGCAGCAGCAGCAGCAGCAGCCGCAGCAGCAGCCGCAGCAGCAGCCGGCCGGAGAGAAUGGCUCUGUGGGCCUGCUGAGCCGGGGCUUCCCAGCAGCAGCAGCAGCAGCAGCCCCUCGGCCGCUGGGGGGAGACAGAGCAGCAGCAGCACCACCAGCAAACCCCCCCGAGAUCAACAGGCUGCCGCCCCCAAGCAGCAGCAGCAGCAGCAGCAGCAGCAGCAACGGCAGCAGCAGCGGCAGCAGCAACAGACCUCUGUGGAGGCCCCCCACCCCCAGCCCCAGCCCCCCCAGCCACUGGGAGAGGCCUCAGCCGCAGGCGGCGAGAGCAGCUGAUGCUGCUGGAGAAGACAGCGACAGCGACAGCAGCAGCAGCAGCAGCAGCAGCAGCAGCAGCAGCAGCAGCAGUGAUAGUGAAAGCGACAGCGACAGCGACAGCAGCAAUGAUGCAGCAGCUGUUGAAGACCAUCUGCCGCACGAUUACCUCAGCGGUCUGCCAGAGGGCGAGACUUUGUCCGAAGACCUCCGAGAGAUCCUUAUGCAAGACGGCCGCACUUUGACAGUUUUGUCUUUUAAAGUGAAAGGCAACGGCAGGGCCAUCAGCAUCUCCUUUUUAUCUGCCUGGUCUCUCGCAGUUGAAAUCCGAGGAGAGAUUGAUAGAGAAACUCUCAUUCAACUUCUUGUCUCCGCCGUCUCCAAGGCCUGCGAGUCCGCCGAACACAUUAAAGACGGAGUCUUUACUGACGAACUUUCUCUUGACCAAGGACUGGUGGAUGUGGUGGUGGAGUGCGUAGUGCGGCCUGGGAAGGGAUCGAGCGAUCCCAUCGAUCCCGAGACCCCACAAGUCGAUCCCAUCGAUCCCGAGGCCCCAGAAGCCGAUCCCAUCGAUCCCGAGGCCCCACAAGACUUGCCCAUCGAUCACGAGACCCCACAAGAGAGCGAUCCCGUCGAUCCCCUGCCCUCACACGAAAGCGAUCCCAUCGAUCACGAGACCCCACAAGAGAGCGAUCCCGUCGAUCCCGUGCCCCCGCAAGAAAGCGAUCCCAUCGAUCCCGAGGCCCCACACGAAAGCGAUCCCGUCGAUCCAGAGGCCCCACACGAGAGCGAUCCCAUCGAUCCCGAGACCCCACAGGAGGGAGAAGCUGGAGACGCAGGCAGCGAACAAGUACCCCUUCCGGAGACGCAGCAGCAGCAGCAGCAGCAGCAGCAGCAGCAGCCAGAGCACCCGGAGGAUCGCGGAAGGCAGCAGCAGCAGCAGCCCCUGCAGCGGCCGCAUCGCCCGCCGCAGCAGCAGCAGCAGCAGCAGCAGCAGCAGCAGCAGCAGGAACAAGAGCGGCAGAAGAGGCUUAGAGCAGCAGCAAACUUCAGGAGAAGCGCAGUGGCUGUCUUGAUGAGGUCUAGGGGCUCGCAGCAAGCAGCUGAAGACCUCUUCGAGCUAGUCAGCCGCUUCGCCGUCUAA